AUGAACCCCGCCGGACAACCGAGGUCCGCGAAGAGCUUGGCCAACAAACGACGCCAGCUCAAGCUAAAGAUCCUGCUACUCCAAGGCCGACUUUCCACCCUUGAAGAAGACCAACAACUGCCAUCCUUGCCAGAGUUCCGGGUGUUCGCGAAGAACAUCGAGCGAUUCUACGGUGAGUUGGAUCAAGUGCUGCGAGAUGUUGAGGAGAGUGGUCUUUUUGCCGAUGAACGAGACGCCAAUGACUUGGAAUGCGCAGAGAUUGAGGGGCUACUCCAAGGAGCCAACCUGAAAAUGGUAGCCCUCAGUAGCGCACUGCUUUCCCAACCCGUUCAAGCCACUGUUUUUCAGCAAUACCAGCACCAGCCACCAUCGAGUGCCGGAAAAGACGAACCCGUCGAUCCAGCUGUAGCAGCUCCCAAGGUAUGUGCCACAAUCCAACUCCUCUCGAGCCCAUCCAACGCAACCACAGAGCGUGGCGACCCGUUGUGCACGCGGUGCAACGGUUGCCACUUGUGUACCGACUGCUUUGCAUCCAGUGGAGCCUCCCAAAACAUGCCAGACAGAUCCCUCCAACCGCAGAAACUCUCUGAAAUGCAUAACGAGAUGCAACCGCCCGCCGAACCUAAAGUGGUUCGACACGAAGUCUCGACAAGAGUUCGAGGUGACGUCGACAUGUCCGGCGAUUCGGACGUAAUCCCUAUGCAGCGGUCGGAAGAGCGGAUCCACGGUGACCUUGACGUUGGCUGGUGUCAGCCAGUGGAACUUGGUUCACUGCUACCAGCCGACGCAGAACGAGAAGACGCCGAAUCCGAUGACUCGCAAGCUGUUGCAAGGCCGGAGACAGCUGGACUGAUCGACGAAGAUCCCGGUAACACCACGAACCAGGCAGUGACGAACGAGGAAGCUCGCUCACUGCAGCCAGCUGAAGCCGACGAAGUGAACGUCGAGGACCGUUCGCUUCCGAGCAGUGCACAGCCCGUUUGCACAGCACCUGUCGUCCAAGAGGACGCAGCCACGAAGCCAAACCACAAGAGUGAGACGUACAGCUGCCAGCUGUUCAACGGCAACGUCGCACCAUCAACUGACCGUGUCCGCGCAGCCAGAAGGUUUGCGGAGAAGCUGCUGCAGUCCGUUGUCUUCACCAGCACCGUAAAGAAGCCCCGUUUGAUUUGGGAUCCGGGUAUGCAGCCGAUCUGUGCCUCCCACUCAACCACUCAACCAACCAAAGAUCACCACCAGAUGGCAGCAAGUUCGGGACGAAGCAUGCGCAUCUGGUCCAAGAGCUUGAACCACCAACGAACUCCAGCGAGACCAGCGGCUGAUUCUCUCCUAGCGGGUUUGACUUUAGAAGCCGAGCCUUCAACCCGGGGGGAGAAUGUUCGGCCAACGCCGAAGUUUGACCAAGAAAUAGGCAGUUCCAAACCAGUGUGCGCAACCCCACCCCUGCCCCACUGACAGAACGCCGCUGCCAACCUGACAGAACUAAAAACAACGGCGCGACGACGAGAGUUCGCGCGCAAACGAGCAAGAAGGAACCAAGUCGCACGAAGGAUC